GAAUAAUUGUUCUGUGAGGAUUUACUUUCCUAUUCCUGAAAUACUCACUUUGACAGUCACGGUGGCAAGUGCGUCAAUGCGCGUGUUCAACACAUCAUGGAACCGAAAGAGGCCCGAUAUGAAUUGCUGCCAAGGUCACAUCAGGGAUUCACGUCAUCACGAUACUUUGAUAUGCGCAAGGAGAUAGUAUAAAUAUUAAUGGGCAAAUCAACCUGCAAGCGACGCAAGCUUCUUCCUUCAAGGUGUCACCUUCACGUCCUCUCAAAAUGAGUUUGGAUUCCUCUAGUGUUGUACUCAGGGACCGGAAACGUGCAGGGGUCUCUGUGUCUGAAGUUGACACUGGCGCUCGGCUCGUUGCUGGGUUAACUUCAACUCUUGAGCCCGAUGAGGCUUUGAGAAUAAGGAGGAAGAUCGAUAGAUAUGUCAUGCCUCUGAUGAUCCAAUUCAUGGACAAGUUAACCUUGGGUUCUGCGGCCAUCCUUGGAAUUCAGCUUGGCACUGCGUUCUAUCUUGGUUACAUUCUCUUCGAGUAUCCCCAGAAUCUUGCCCUUCAGAGAUUCCCAGUCGGGAAGUGGAUGAGUAUCAAUAUCUUCGCCUGGGCAAUUGUACUCGCAUGUCAUGCAGCGUGCAAGAGCUUUCGUGGGCUUCUUGUUGUGCGCUUGUUGCUGGGCGUAUGCGAGGGGUCGAUCACUGCUGGAUUCUUGAUCGUUAGCUCCAUGUUCUACACACGAAUGGAACAGACGCUACGGGUGGGAUAUUGGUCUCUGAUGAUUGGCACUGCACAAAUAAUCUCUGGUUUCAUCAGCUUUGGUGUUUUGCACAUCAAAACCACUGGGUUCGAACCAUGGCAAUGGCUUAUGGUCAUCACUGCUAUAAUGACGAUGAUCCUUGCCAUUUCAUUUUGGUUCUUGUUCCCUGAUUCGCCUACGAACGCCUGGUUCCUUACUCCCGAUGAGCGAGUGAAAGCCGUGCAGCGCCUCAAGGAAAACCAAACAGGGGUAGAAAACAAACACUUCAAGAUGGAGCAAGUGAUCGAAGCCCUGACUGACCCCAAGACAUGGCUCUUCGCUCUCCUUUCGGCUCUAUGCAAUGUGCCUAGCUCAUUAUUAAAUCAACAAUCACUCAUCCUUGCUUCGUUCGGAUUCAGCUAUCUACAGACAACUCUCUUGUCCUGUAUUCCUGGUGUGAUUCAGGUCUUGAUAGUCUUCACUGGUGUUCGGCUUGCAAUACGACAGCCUAAUUCCAGAGCAUACGUCGCUGCUAUGUACUUCGUCCCGGCGUGGCUGGGCGUCUUGCUGGUCAAUCUACUUCCUUGGUCAAAUCGGGUAUGUGGUUUGCUUCUACGAGUCUACCAAGUUGUCUUUAAUAUUGCAUCUCGCAUGAUAUCAGGCUGGACUUCUUGCCGGCCAGUUCCUGGGUGCGUGAUGCUUGUAGUGUUUUUCCAUGCUCAUCGCUCCAUAGCUGGAUUCACUGUGCCCGGAUUCGUACUGACAUUGUCGUGGCUAAAUAACGUGACUGCUGGUCAUACGAAGAAGGUUGUUACUAACGCCACCAUACUCUCGGCUUACUGCAUUGGCAACGCAGCUGGCCCUUUGAUGUGGAAGGCACAAUAUAAGCCGCGUAACCACGUCCCAUGGGCUGUGAUCGGCACAUGCUACGUCGUCUGCCCGCUACUCCUCCUUGUCAUCCGUGCCGUUCUCGCCCGGGAGAAUCGAAUUCGCGAUGCAGAGCCUGUUGACGACGGAGAAGAAUAUGUUAUCGAGCGAAUCACAGAGGAUGGGAAGCAUGUGGAAGUCAAAGUCGACAAGGAAUUCCUGGAUCUGACAGAUAGGCAGAAUAGGGAUUUCAGAUACGUUUUGUAAUGAUAUUAAGCGAUCUUGGUCCUUGAUCCGAUAAUUGGUAUUGCGAAAUAGCAUCGUGUUC